CUUCCACAAACCGACCCGCGGACUUUCCAUUUGAAUAAGAUAUUUGUGCUUGGUUUGUUGCGGAGCAUUUCAUUCACAAUUUUUCAGGAAAAUAAGUUUUUUCUUUGCCAAAACCAGGUGAGCAACUGAGCAUAGAGUCCAAGUGUCAGUGAUUUAAGUGUGAAAUUUGUGUGUGUGAUCAAGAAAUGGCAACAGCAGGGUUGUACAGGCGUGUCCUCCCUUCUCCCCCUGCUAUCGAUUUGGCUUCUUCCGAAGGCAAGACACUGUUCAUAGAGGCAAUCCACAAUGGAACUAUGGAAGUCUUUUUCAAGUUGAUUUCUUAUUUUCAGACACAAUCUGAACCUGCGUAUUGUGGUUUAGCUAGCCUGUCAAUGGUCUUGAAUGCCCUUGCUAUUGAUCCGGGCCGAACAUGGAAAGAAGUCCAACUCAGGACCUUGGAGGUGGUUUGAUGAAUCUAUGCUGGAGUGCUGCGGGUCCUUGGAAAAGGUUAAAGAUAAAGGCAUCUCGUUUGGGAAGGUGGUAUGUUUGGCUCAUUGUGCGGGAGCCAAUGUUAAAGCUUUUCGCUCAAACCAGAGCACUGUUGAUGAAUUUCGUAAGUAUGUAAUGUCGUGCUCGACUUCAGACGAUUGUCAUAUCAUCUCAUCAUAUCAUAGAGAAGCUUUUAAUCAGACUGGAAAUGGUCACUUUUCACCCAUUGGUGGAUAUCAUGCUGGGAAGGAUAUGGCACUUAUUCUAGAUGUGGCAAGGUUUAAAUAUUCUCCUCAUUGGGUUCCGCUCACUCUUCUCUGGAAAGCUAUGGAUACUGUUGAUGAAGCAACUGGACUACAUAGAGGGUUCAUGCUUGUAUCUAGGCAACAGAGAGCACCAUCUUUGCUUUAUACCCUGAGCUGCAAACAUGAGAGUUGGAUUGGUACUGCUAAGUACUUGAUGGAUGAUGUCCCUGUGCUGUUAAGUUUAUACAAUGUAAAGGACAUAAAACAUGUCAUCUCUACUGUUUUCAAGUCACUCCCAUCAGAUUUUGUUGAGUUCAUUAAGUGGGUGGCAGAGGAUUGCAGACAAGAGGAAGGUGGCCAAGUUGUAAGCCAAGAAGAAAAAGAAAGGGCGGCUAUCAAGGUGGAGGUGUUGAAACAAGUACAAGAGACUGGCCUUUACAAGCAUGUGACGGAUAUUUUAUCUUCAGAAAAAUCUUCCUGCCAAAUCAAACAAAAUAUUGGUGUCCGAGAUAGUUUGCCUCACAUUGCAUCAAGUGUUUGCUGUCAAGGGGCUGGAUUUUUGACUGGAAAAUUGGGCUUGGCAGACAGGUUUUGCUGUAGGGAGACAGGUGUGAGAUGCUACACGGCUAGUGGUGAUAAGCCUGUUACAUUAGUGUCUGGGACUGUGGUGAAUGGCACUGGAGAGCAAGGAGUUGAUAUGCUUCUUCCCUUAUCUCAUAAAGAGCCUAGCUGCUGCAGUGCUGGCUCCUGGAGUUACUCCGGAAUGCACCCUGCAAGCAUUGACAUUUUGACAGCACUUUUACUGGCAUUGCCACCACAAACAUGGAUGGGUAUCACAGACAACAAGAUUUUGCAGGAUAUGUCUAGCUUAGUUUCCACGGAGAGGCUUCCUCCUUUACUUCAAGAAGAGCCACCUCCAAGGUGUAACUCUAGCUCCGUCCCUGAUUUCAUCCACCCCUCACUAAUCCCUAUGCAUUAAAUCUUCUUCAGUCCAUCCCUUCUUGUAUUGAACCAAGAUACGCAAAAGAAUCACUUUUUGGGACAACGCGAUCUUCUACAGUCAGAUCCACUAUUGUUCUUAUCUCUGCACUACUAAACAAGCAUUUUCAAGUGCAUAUUAUUCAUUUUGAUUUCCUACUUUUUCAUGUUUAUUUGUUCUGAAGUUCUUUUGUGAAUGAAGUUGGACCAUCAAUUCUCAUGACAAAUGGUAAGAAAGGUCCAAAUCUUAUUAUUAUUGAGUUAGAUGAACUGCUUGAGGAGUUUUUUAUAUCCCUAUCUCAAUUUUUUUCCCACCUCUGGUUCUUUAGAUUCCCUUUGAUUUCCAUGUAGCUAUUUCUCAUCACUAACUUUUGCUUUGCCAAUAAUUUUCAUUUUUCUCGUUGAUAUGGCAGAUAUUGCACUUGCGAAGUCAGCUUACUUAUUUUCAAGAGGUGCAAUGAUAACAAGGUAGAAGAAGAUCUGGGCGAACCCCAAAUUUAAAUAUACUUUAUUCUUCAGUCAUUUAGAUGUAAGAAAUGAAUCCUUUACAAGUGCAAAAAAGCACUCAUAAGCACUAACAUUUUUAGGGGGCCACUGCAGAAAAAUUGUUUUCUCCUUUUAUAGGUUUGAGACAACCAGCAGUGUACCUCCCCGAUUGUGAAUUCUCUUUAGUUGCGAAGUAACAAUUUUCCAGCGAUUCAAAUCCUGUUUGAAUCGGAAUUCUUCCAUGAAUAAUGUCAGCCAUGGUGUCUCCUAUCGAGGUAACGGCAGAACCGGAAAGGAAUAUUCAUUUGGAUUCUAGUUUACCCUGUGGAAUCGGAUUUAUGGUUGCAUGUUCCAAAAUUGCAUUGUAUAUGCCUAAUAAUUGCUUAAGACAUCAAGAUGGAGGGUGGCAUAGACUAAGUGUUCAAUAGAUCCUUUAUAGAUUAUAUUAACCUCCUCUACACCCUCUAGUUCACAUUGAGAUGAUAGCCAUUGAGUUGCUUAUUGACUCUCCACUAUAUUGUACAGGGUAUUACAAAUAAUGCAUAUAUCUAUUUGCUUUAUAUAUUUUCCUUAGGUUUGUUAAUCGUAUAGCAUGUUUGGUAGGAAGCAUUGAAUCGUAUAGCAUUUAUUAGUACUAACAGAGAAAUAAAAGUUAAAUUUUGUUUAUUACAGUGUUUAAUAUGUUGUACCGAACACGAAAUUAAUCUUACAAGCCUUUGUAUUUUAA